CGAGGCCCCGCCCAAAUGCUACGAUUCCCUCCCCCUUGUUCGCGCUCGGCGCUGCAAGUGGCCAGGCUCUCCCUCUCCAGGCGGGGCGCGCCGGAGACAAAAGGCCAAUGGCGCGCCACUCCGGGCUCCCCGCCCAGGCCCGCAUCCGCCGCCCAGCCUCCUCCUAGCCCGUCACGUGGGAAGAGAGCCCCGCGGCUCCUCGCAGCAACAGGGGCAGGAGCAGAACCGCGUGGGGUCGGAAAGCAGCGCCUGCGAUCGCCUCCUGUUCGUCGACCUUGUUCUCCUCGCUCUCUCUUCCCUCUCCACGAGGCCGCCAUGAAGAAGCUGCUGGUGGCCACGCUGCUGCUCGUCUGCUUUGCCGCCCUGUCGGUGACUGCUGCAGGACCGAACGUGACCUCCGCAGCUCCCCAUUCAAGUUCAAUAACAAGUGUUCUUAAACCGAAUGCUACCACUCCUGCCCACAAUGUGACAAACACAACGACCCCGACUGCUCCUGCCGCCACAGUCAGCACCAACGUAAGCACCAGUGCCCACCCUGAAAAUAAAACAAGCGCAAAGCCCACCACAGUGAAACCUGUGUCUCCUAAUGUGACCACAGUGACUUCCAAGGCUACUUUGCCUUCUGCUUCUGUGACAGUCACUCCCAAAGGUGCAGCGGCUCAAGUCUCAUCCUCGGGGUUCAGCGCAGGCAGCUUCAUCGGCGGCAUCGUCUUGACGCUGGGACUUCUUGCAGUUGGCUACAUCGGAUGCAGGACGUACCACGCGAAACGGGGCGUCCAGUACCGAACCAUUGACGAACACGAUGCCAUAAUUUAAAGCCUUCGCUCAGAAGACAAAGAUGAAACCCCACUCUUGUUCCUGCUUUUAGAAGCAAUCUCUUCCCCCUACGGAAAACAAGCUUUAAACUGUCCAGAGCCUACACUGGGUGCUUAAUUGCUUUUCGGGGGGGGUGUACCUUUCUGUAAAAUUAUGGUGGACCCAGAUUCCGCAAGGAUCCUGGAAAUUUCAAAGUGCCUUCACUGAAGAGUUCUGAGGACCGUCUACACAACUGGUCCCUACUUGGGGACUGAAGACAUGAGCUUAGUUAAAAGUUGCGACUUCUUAGCCAUUACACGCUGAAAAUCAGGGGAUGUGGGCUCCACAACAAACACAAUGCUGUGAACAUGCUUAUGUCUACCACUCUUAAAGUUACAUUGUCCUUCUGUUCAGCAAAUAAACCAAGCUUCUUGUUUUCAAGAUGGCAGGUGAAUCCAAAAGCAACCUUUUUCACGUUGCUCUUCUUCAGUUUGUGGAAUGGGGUUGUUUGGGCAGGGAGAAAAAUAUUUAUGUUAAUGAUCUGAUGUUGCAUGUGCCUUGAAUUUUUGAGGAAAAUAUUUUUCUACUUUUAGCAUAUACAAGAGUACGUAAAAGGGUUUUUGAAUUUGGGCAGGAGAAUUGUUUGCUUUCUUUCGUUUACCUUGUGUGUGUUUUCAUAAUGAUGCAUCGUCUGUGUGCUAGUACCCACUGGGUUGGAGGUAUAUAAUUCCAGUUAAUUUUCAGCGCAACCUUGCACCACAAAAGCAAAGACGUGUUUGGCAAGGUACACCAGAAUAAUUGCUCUGCUGGUUCUGUGGGUGGUGAAAUCUUAUCAGAUUCAGUACAGUGUGUCAUAUGAAUUGGCUGUGUGGGACAGUGGAAUACAUGUUGCCGGCCUGCCUGAUAUAUACAGUUCCUUGACUAGUUCAUUGCUUGAAUUCAGGCUUGUGUCUGUUAAACGUCGUUGAGAAGAAAGGCAGAUUCUUAAGAAAGCUUCCACUUGGGAUUAUUUAAACUUGAAUACAUUCUGGGGGUGUUUUUUAAAGGAUGAAUCACUGUUUUGAGAGAAGCUUGGCGUGGCGUACACAAUAUAUAUUUCUUUUCCUGCU